AUGCCGUUGCAAAAAUGUCUACACGCAGUUGUGUGUGCCGAUGCAGCAAAGUAUAAUCGGGUAGUUGUGCUAGUGAGGCAUGAUUUUCUUUUGUCAGUGGAGGGAGAACUUAAUCCGCAGCUUAAAGGACAGCCGCUGGCCGUAGUGCAGUAUAAUGCAUGGCGUGGUGGCGGCAUAAUUGCUGUUAACUACGCUGCGCGUGCCAAAGGUGUAACGCGCCAUAUGCGCGGUGAUGAGGCGAAGGAACGUUGCCCGGAAUACAAUUGGUAAAGUAACAAAUAUACGGAAAAAGCCGAUUUGGGCAAGUAUCGUGAGGCAGGCAAAGAAGUGGCGAAUGUGCUACAACGUUUUACACCUGUUGGGCGCGCUUCGUGUCGAUGGCUACACUUAGAUAUAACGGAAGAGGUUAAUAAACGCAUAGGUGACAUGAAUGCGGGUUCAUUUAUGCUCCAACCGCAACGCUUAUAAAUACCUAUGCUGUUGGCUAGUGCUGGCAUUGGUGAUUAUUUAAAUGUAAUCACAAAACGUUUAAUGAAGCCUAAUGCGGAUGUAGAUGCGUUAUGUUGCUAUGCACAAGCACAUGAUGAUGCCGAUAUGGCGAUUGUACGUCAAAGUAUUCGCUUGCUCAUAGGCGCAGCGGUGGCAAGUGAAGUGCGGCUGCUGUUAGCCGAAACAGAUUAUGAAUGUUCCGCUGGAAUUGCGCAAAAAAUUCUGCAAAAUUGGCUUGACGGCAUUAAAUAGCCGAAUAAGCAGACCAUCUUGCCGUUGGCACAGAUACCCAGUUAUUAAACAUUACCACUUACAAAAUACAAGAUUAGGGGAAAAUUUGGCGAAAACAUAUGCACAAGUUUGAAUAUACGCUUUCUAGCAGAGCUAUUGCCAUCUGAGCAAGAGUUGCAACGGAAAUUCGAUGAGAAAAUGGUGACACUUGGUUAAUAUAAUAUUUGCCGCGGCAUGUUGGAAGCGGUAACGCCGCGUUUUUAUUCCAAAAGUAUCGGUUGUUGCAAGAUUCCCGGACGCAAUAAUAUAACUGGUCUAAAUACACUGCAUCAGGCUGGGCGAGUUGGCAACGAAAUUGCGAACGCAUGGAAAGAUAUGCUGGAGAAUAACCGGCGUGCCAAGCAAAUGGUCUCAGUUUGUCAAAGAAUUCGAUGCGAAGAGAUAUCUAGCUCACGUUCAGUGCCGCUUAAGGGUUACGAGCGAACAUUAACCAAAAGCAGCUUGGAAGUGCUGCAGACACAUACGAAACUUUUCAAAACCGGCAGCACGCUAGCUUUAAACAAUCCCAUUAAAUUUUUGGGUAUUAGUGUGGCAGUUUGAAACAAUACAAGUGGACAAAAUAAAUAGGAAAUGUUUGCCAAUAUGGCAACUAAAAAGAAAAACGAAGCGCCAUGCGUCGACAAAGCUAAUGCAAUCACCGAUAAGAACACACAAGUUAACGUAGAACCUGCUGCACAAAAACCAACAUUUAUGCAAAAUUUCUUGCAACGUGACGCUAAACAAAUAACUCAACUAUUCAAAGCUAAUAACAUUCAACCAACUUAUGAAAGCAAGUUAGCUGAAUUUGCGGUGCCUGAAUUGCGCAGAUUCAUACAGAUGACAAAUGGCUAUUGCAAAGCUAAUAUACCAGGCGAUGCACGUUCCACAUUGCAUCAGGACCACCACUUAGCCAUGCCUAGCCAACAAAUACGUGACGAAUAUCGCACGGCGGUCAAAACUAAACAUGCUAAAAGUCCACAGCAAUUACAGCGUUUAAACAACAAAAAAUCAAAAGUACCAGUGCAAGCAACAAAAGCCGCCAACAACAGCAUAACCAAAUUUCUAAAACCCAAUUUGAGUACAACAACAACUGCCGCAAAUGCAACUUCAGUUGUUGUCGAGUCAGCGCCUGCUGUUGUGGUAAUAGAUCUUCUAGAUGCCUCUCUGCAGGAUGCAGUGGUUUGUGAAGAGUGUCACGUGUCCAUAAGCCACAAUGAGCUGCAAGCGCAAGAUUUUCAUGUUGCCAAAGCUCUGCAACGUCAACUCAACAUGUUGGAAGUGCGCACUGUGUCGGUGCGAAAAGCCAAUGCACUUAGUAAUAAUAAUAGCUUGCAUUUAAGUCCUGCGAGUGUUAAAAAUGCGAAAUCAAUAACGCAAUUCUUUCACAAUCAAAUUUUAAAUUUUUGA